UUGCAAUUGUCAGUAGAGUAGAUUUUGGAAAUUCUCGGAGUGAAAUAAAUUUACGCUUUAGUCAAAAGCAAGUGCAUCGUAGCUAAUAUCAUUUACAAACCACACCGAAUCGACUCCAUUGCACAUUCAACAAGCUCCACGGACACCAUGAAGCUGAUUCACUUGCUGGACAACUCGAACAUUGCCGGCGCCAUUGGCACGGCCAGCAACAGGGCCAGCCACGCUGAGGCCUGCGCCGAGUCGACCAUCAGCAUGCAGCAGCUCUAUCAACUGCAGGAGCGUCUGCAAUCCGAUCUGCUGGCCAGCGAUGUGCGCUUCUCGCUCUUUGUGGCGGCGGCCAACAGCUACCGUUACGAGACGUUGCUGCGGCCCUGUCCCAGGCAGUUCCUCGACAGCGAGCAGCGGCCGAACAUCGGCGCCAUCUUCCAGGUCAUUGCCGAGAUCGAUCGCCUGGAGGUCAUACUGGAGCAGCUGGACAGGGGCAACCACGACUGCUACCCCGUGAACGUGCUGAGUCUGCUGCACGCGGUGCUGGUGCGGCAUGGCGAACGCGUCAACCUGAGCAGCCUGCUGCCAAGUGAGUUCGCACUCCUGUACGCGUACCUGCAGAUUGGGGCGCCACAAGUGGAGCCCACGCAGAUCUUGGAGGUUAAGCCGAGUCGAAGGUGUGCGCACACCAAGGCCUACGCCGCACUGCGCAAGAAGUAUCCCGUGAGCUUCGGGUUCUACGGCGGCAGAGUGGAGCAGCUGUACGCACUGCUGACCGUGGGCUGCCUGCCCGCACACACCACCCUGGAGCUGAGCGGCGACGUGGACGAGGCGCUGCAGCACAGCCCCGAGACGCCCGGCUGGGGUGGCUCGCGCUGCGGCGCGCUGCUCAGGUGCGUCGCUGUCGUGGAGUUUGUGCUGCAGCCGGAGCUGGUCAGCGUGUCACGCAAUGGAUCGGGACACGUGCGGAUUGCCGAUGCCAGCUGCAUAAAGAUCUCCUAUCUGAUGUUAUUUGGCCAAAGCUGCGAGAGCGACGAGGGCGACGAGAGCGAUGAGGGCGGAGAGAGCGAUGAGGGCGGAGAGAACGACGAGAUCGACAAGGGCGGAGAGAUCGCCGAGAUCGCCGAGAUCGACGAGGGCGACGAGGGGAGGCAGUGCAGCAGCCUGGUGCGUCAGCCGAAGUACACGAUCAACCUGAGCAUGGCGCUCAGGUGGAUGGAGAGCAACAAAUAUGUGCUCUCGCUUGGCAUGUACCUCAUGCUGAUGUCCAUGACGACGCCCAGUGGGCGUGGCAUUUUGCACAGAUUCGCCUGCACUGCCAUGUGCAUGCUGAGGAGGGGACUUUUGAAAAACUAAUCGUCGCCCUCCGAUCACUCAGCUAAUUGGCUAACUUGGCUAAUAUAAACACGUUAUUGGGGCCAGCGUGCUGGCGGCAAUAAAGUGCUUAUAUGCGUCAAUAAAGUCAAGAAAGUUCAACUAAAUUCAA